ACCAAAUGCCGAAGAAAACUAUUCAAAAAUUGAACUAUUGAAGAAUUCUCUUGGCGGCAGCGAAUUCAGUUGGUUGUCGGAUUUCAAACGGUUAAAAACUAUAGAACGGCGGUAUACCCAAUCGAAGGACUUGAAAGUAAUCGGAACAUUUAGAAAAACAAAGGAUAUAAAAAAAGGAAUCGGAACAAUUCGAAAUGAAUCCUUGUGGCAUAAUAUUGUGGUGUCUAUCGAUAUUCGCCGCGACGAGUGUUUGCUAUUCGGCCUGCUAUCGCACACCGCAAGGUGCCACCGGUGAUCGUUCACCCGUCGAUGAGAAUUAUCAAAUAUUAAUUGAUGGCAACCCUUCGACAUACUUACCCGGAAGAGAAUAUAAUUUAUCCCUAUCCUGUCCGGAUGGUCUGAAAUUCUUGACAUUCACCCUGCUGGUGGAAUCGGAAAAUCCCGCCCACAACGCACACAGUGAAUUGUUGGGCAAAUUCGAGAUUAUCAAUCCGGCCGAGACGAAAUUUAGCAAUCUCUGUGAGAAUAUGAUUGAAAGUAGCAACAGCAAUAUGAAGCAGAAGAUUAGUGUUACCUGGAUAGCUCCAGAUGAUCCGGAGAGUGGUUGUGUAUUGUUUAAGGCGGCGGUAUUGCAACAUCGUACCGUUUGGUUUAUUGAUGAUGGGUAUUUGACCAAGAAAUUGUGUCGGGAAAAUGUCGAUGAUAUACAUCGCCAAUUGCCGGCUGUGGAUCCCUGUUGUGCCUGUGAUGAGGCCAAGUAUGAGAUUGUCUUGGAACGCCAUUGGUCCCGCAAUACCCAUCCCAAGGAUUUCCCUUUGCAGGCUUGGCGCACCAGUUUUGGCACCGUCAUUGGGGCCUCACACACGGUGGAUUAUUCUUUUUGGAGUUAUGGCACCCCGGCUAGCCAGGGUCUACAGGAAUUGGCCGAACAUGGUUCGAGCAUGGCCUUGGAAAUGGAAAUUAAAAAUCACACGGAAACCGGCAAUAUACGCACCAUAAUCAAGGCGCCUGGCAUCAGAUAUAAAGCCAACUUUGUGGGCAGAACAUUGGCCACGGCCCGGGUGGGACCCAAACAUCACAUGAUCUCGUUGGUAACAAAAAUCAAUCCCUCACCGGAUUGGAUUUUGGGUGUGGCCUCUAUGGAGCUGUGCACUGCCAAUUGUCGUUGGAUUGAUGAGAAGGUUUUGAAUUUAUAUCCCUGGGAUGUGGGCACCGAUUCGGGACCGUCUUAUGAGUCUCCAGAUCAAGCCCAAAAGCCUCCGGAUGUUGUGAGACGCAUUACCUCCUCAUUUCCCAGUGAUGAACAUUCACCGUUUUACGAUAAGUCGGGAGCACCCAUGAAACCCUUGGCCACCUUAAGGGUUACUCGGAAACGUACAUAUGGCCGCUGUUUUGAUGAACAACUUCCGAUUGAAUGUGACACCCAUCCCUGGACGGAGUGGAGUGAGUGCAAUGUUAAGUGUGGCAGUGGCACCCAAUAUCGCGUACGUGAUUACAAGGAUCCAGAGGUGGCUAGGAAAAAGAAUUGCCAAGAAAUCCUUCGACAAACCCAGGAAUGUAGUGGUCCAUGUGUCGAACAAAAUUCAGGAGUCCCAAUGUCAAGCAAUUCCCGCUAUGGCAGUGCAGCUGAAUGUGAGCUAACGCCUUGGUCGCCAUUUUCCGAAUGUUCCAAUAAAUGUGGCAUGGGAACUAGGACAAGGACGAGGGGCUAUGUCAAUAGUUAUGCCACCGAGAGGUGUCAGAGCGGUGGCAUAAACGUUGAAUUGGUGCAAACCGAAUCCUGUGAGGGUACUUAUUGUGGUGGUGCCAUACUCAACUCCUCGAAUAAACAACGCCGGAAGGAACAGAAACCCGACAACAAUCGCCCAUUGGACUAUGACAUGGAACCAAAUGGCUAUGACUCGGAACAAAAUCAAGAAUAUGCAGGUGGUAUGGGAGGAUAUAUGGACACUGGGGAUUUGAGAUCUCAAAUCAAUAAACCACCAUCUAUGAGUGGUCGUAAUGAUGACUAUGGCAAAUCUCCGUAUGAGAAUCUCAAUACAAUAUAUGGCAGUGAGAGAUUGAGGGGAAAUCCUCCCCAUGUAGCAGAGGAUGAUGAGCAGGAAAUAAGCGGUGAUUUAACCUUUGGCAAUACUCGUUCGAAAUUUAAUACAUUUGGUACAAUGGAUGCCAGGGCCAACAAACCCACAUUGAGAACUAGCACAACUACCCAACGCAAUUUCAGGGCCUUCAGUUAUGGUCAGACAACCGAAUCAUCCUCAUCUUUAUAUGGUUUUCUUCCAAGCAACCCAUAUGGCAUAAAGGGUAUCAAUGAUGGCAUCACCGAUCACGAAGAGGAGACAGAUAAAAGUUUCUGCCUGCAACGUCCAAUUGUGUCGCCAGAUCCCUGUAAUGCUCCCAGGGUAUUUUUGAAAAAUUAUUGGUUCUACGAUGCCUUCGAUAUGCAAUGUAAACUCUUUACUUCGGAUAACUGUGAUCAGAAUCGCAAUAAAUUUUUCAGUCUAGAGGCGUGUGAGUCGGAAUGUGCUGGUGAACAGAAUAUGGAGACUGAUGGUUAUGGUUAUCGAAACAUUGGUGGGGGUUAUGGCAAUUCGGGCGCCACUCGAAACAAUGGCAAGUGGAAAAAUGUAUGGGGUUAA